AUGAUCAAUUUUUGCAAUAACAACAGUAAUAUUAUUAGUCAAGAAAAUAAAGUUAAAUAUGGAUAUACUUUUGAAAAUCCAGGCGAACCGGUUGUGCGCAUAAUAGCACCCAAAAAGCUUGAAAAAAUACGAUUAACACCGACAAGACAAAAAUUUGUAUUUCAAGGAACAAGAACACGCAUACUAGAAUGGAUGCUCAAAAACGAAAAUAUAAUUGUAGAAUAUGAUCCAACAGAUGGAAUGCUAACACCACCAGUUUCACCGCUCGCCAAUGAAUUUAAUAAUCGUCGUGUGUUUUGUCGUCCAUUACAUUUAGCAAAAAAUCACCUGCCCUGGUUGGACGUGACACUUGAAAUACGAGCGACUGAUCCGAUUCGAGAUUCUAAAUAUAACCCAGUGAAACGACUGAUCUUACAUUCAGGUUUAUCACUCUACGAAAUUUCAAAAGCACUCGAAAAGAAUUGGCGGAAUUUAAUGCCACCUUGUUUACCGUUAUUUCAGCGACCACCCCCAUAUCUUGAACUCUCUGAUGAUGAUAUCGACGAUUCAAUGAAUCCAUUAUUGGAUUGGUUGGCACAUCAUAAAUCAUCCACUUUUCCAACUCCACCCAUAAUUAGCAGAUGGCAACAAAAGAAUUCUAUUAUUCCACCGGGUGUUUUAACGCCGUAUAAUAUCGAUGAAGUUAUUGCAGAUCAAUUUUCAGAUGUGUUGACUGAAGAAGUUCCCACGGAUGGAAAAAUGAAAAAAGCGUGGCAAGCUGAGGAGAAAAUAGAAAAAUCGAAGAGAUUACGGGAUAUUGGGUUGCCAAUAUAUGAAAAAGUGAAAGAGGAUAUGUUAUUAGAUUAG